AUGAAUCUCAUCACGAAGAGAGAUUCCAUAAUUAGCUGGACUCUGGACAAGAGCAAGAGCUUCGCAGAAUGGGAUAUUCAUUCGAAAUAUCACAAUCGUUCGUUGACAUCAUGGCGUACGAUUGUCCGAAGUGCGGUUCACGCACAAAGUUCAAGAUUCCCGUGUGUGGAACUUGCGGUCAUAUUGACCAUCUGGAAUUCCAGAAGAUGUCUGGACUCCUCCCUCAAAGUGACACUGCUCCCGGAGGCGUUCCGGGCAGCAACCAGCCCUUCAGAAAAGGUCGAAGUGGCUGGGGUCUUCAAAAGAUUUCUAGACGUUGAAAGCGCUCGGAAGAUGGAACUGCAGCGACAUUCAGGCGGGCGUUUGGAACAAAGAGUACUAAGCAGGUCCAUCCUGGGCGCCUCGUUAUCGCUCGGAACUUCCUCAUCUGCCGUGAAUGAAGCGGCGGGCGAGGAUGUACCAUCGCAGUCCACAGUUUCGCUGGGGUCCUCUGCAAAAGAAGACUCAGACCCAAUGAAUGAAGUCUCUGCACAAAAGGAGUCAGUUUCAAACAACGAAGGCUCCGCAAAGAAAGACUCGGGCUCAGAGAAUCAAGGUUCUGCGGCAUUCAAGCAGGAGUCUGGAACACAGGAUAUCCGAACCAGCCCUGCUCCAGAAGGUGAAGCCGAAGAAGAAUCUGAGACCACUGCUGAUAUUGGGUCGCGGUCUCCCUCUUCCUCGGCCGAGCCGGCUGUGUCGUCGCCCACUGCUAAACAAGUGCGGUCUCGACGUCCAAACCCUUUUGCGGCAAUGUCGUUCAGUCGUCCGGAAGAAAGAUUGCGGGUGAAUAUACCAAAACCCCGUCCAAUUCUUUCCACGGUCUUCCCUCUGGUGAACGAAUUCAAUGCAGUCGAAGCGUUUCCUAAGCUUCCACCGGCUGCUCCAUUGACCUUCAAAGAUGUGCUGGUCAAGCCUCCACCACUGCUGCCUACACAAACCGCGCAGAAAACAGUGCCAACAAAUCCUCUGGCUGACACGGAUUACCCUGCAAGCUUGUACCGUCAAGGCCACACCCGGCCGAAAGUCUUCUCGGCCGGGGUUUGCGCACGCUGUCAAGGACCUCAUGAAACCUUAGACCGUCAGUGGUGCUACAAUUGCUUUGAGGUUUGCAAGAGAAAGGGUGAUGGCAAGUCCAGAUGUGAGAAAAAAGCCUGCUCGCAUCCGAUAGGACAUUCUACUGAGGACUGUGACCUUGGAGACUUUCGUGAUCACCCAGACAAUCCGCGCCUUCCUCGCCAUCUGAUCGACUUUGCUCGGCCGUGGGCUGCUGAUAACCCAAAACAACCUCGGCCGUUAUACUACUAUCGGCCAAGAGGUCGGGAGGUUCCCCAAUAUUGUCCUGAGCUUCCACCAAGGUAUCAAGAAGAAGGUCUACCUGGUGGGCUGGUGAAUGUGUCCCAAGGCACAGUGUACUGCGUCGAAAAUGCCAUCCACAUGUGCGAUGGACACUGGAAACCACUGCCAUGGGGUGCAGAGAGACAUGGCAAAGACGCCGCCAGAAAACCUCGUGAGACAAAACCACACCGAGGUGGACCACCCAGAGCCGGCAAGCAGCCAAGAUGGCAGCAAAAACGCUGGAGGAGGCAAGCUCUAGCGCAAAAAGGGGUACUCGAGCAAGUCGUCAAGGAGCCUAAUGUCUCUAGACUCCUCGGCCACGGAUCUUCUACUGAGCACGACGUGAAGUAGAAUUGAUGAUCUGAUUAAUGACAAAGCGCCACUAAGGUACCUAGGUAAGAAAAGGGCUGAAGUUCUGCCCAAGCAAGCCUGAUAUUUGAGAACAGGAGAAGGC